AUGCCAGGCGAAGAAGAGAAUGGAGAUGGUCAUGUUCUUCUAGAAAUUGAGCAAUUUGUAGAGAAUCCAGUUGGAGAAGGAGCUGACCAAGAAGAUAUCGUUGAGGAAAUAGAAGAAAUGAUGAGAAGGAUGGAGCGAAUGUUGGAGAAUGGAAUGAAUCGAGAGGCGCCCGACGUCCGUCGCUUCGACCCACUGGCGCUGGCCGAGGAGAACCAUCUGGACGUGUUGAGAAUUCAGGAGAGAAUUCGAGAAUUGGAGAGGAAUAGAUGGCAAAUUGUUGAUGAUUUAGCAGAUGGUGGUCGGAUUCUUCAAGAAUUGGAAGACGUGGCGAGGGAGGAGGAGGAGGAAGAAGAAGACGUCGACUGGGUGACACCAUUAGCAAGAACAUACACCAAACCGUUUAGUACUGAUUGGUUUGGUGAUGAUCGUGAAUCGUUAAGCGAUUUGGCCAAAUUCUACAACUCACCACAGUUUAGCGAUGUGAAUUUGAAAAUUGGCGAGGAGAGUUUCCCCGCACACCGUCUGAUCCUCUCAAAAUCCAGCGAUGUCUUCGAUCGAAUGCUCAGCCAACGAUGGAAUGGCGAUAGGUUGGAUUUACAGCUGACCGAGGACCCAAUGUGUCAAAUUGCGUUUUCCUCAUUUCUUCGAUUCUUAUACUGCAAUCAUGUUGUCCUGCAUCGUGACAACUGUUUACCGUUGUUGGUGCUCGCCGACAAGUACAAUGUGACGACGCUGAAAAAAGUCUGCCUAGACUUUGCGCAGUCUGAAAUUCUCCCGAUCAUCGAUCUCAAGGAAAUUUUCUCGGUUUGGUUUUCCUAUGCCACAAAAGCUUAUCAUCCAAGCCUUAUCAAGUCUUGUAUGGAAGUUAUAGCUCUGGAUUUUGAUGCUUUAUUAUCGGAAGAAUGGGAAAAGGAUUGGCAAGAACUGCAUCGGGAUCAGAUGGUCGAGAUUUUGAAGUGCAAUGAGCUGCAGUUGGCUAACGAAUUCAAACUCUGGGAAGCGCUUCUCAAAUGGAUCCAGGCUCCGUCGCAUUCUGAACGUCGUGGCAACACUGCUGGACCCCUCAUGGCUCUGCUGCUUCCUCUAAUCCGUUUUCCAUUCAUGACUGCUGAUGAAUUGAGUCAGGUCGAGAAGUCGAAUGUCUCAGAAUUGCAUUCUAAACUUUUCCAACCUCCACUACUCUUGGCUUAUAAGUUCCAAGCUCUUCCCUUGGCAAGUCGAAUGACUGUGAAAGACUUCACCAAAAAGCAAUUUCUGCUCCGAAAAUAUCGAGACAUCCGGUGGGAUCGACGAAUCAAUCUAUCUAAGUCUCUGCUCUCUCAGCCCUGCAGGGAUCAUGCGUUUACUUUUGACACUCGAUCCUCCACCUAUCCCAACUCUGAAUGGAAGUGGACUUUGAAACUUUCAGGCCUCUCUGGAUUGUCCUCAAAUCCAGUGAAAAAGGAUGUGCUCCGCGUUUUGAUGAUUGCCGAGGGAAUGGAUCAGUCGAGAUCCAUCGAAUAUUUGUUCCAAAUUGUCAACGAGAAAAAUGUGCUUUUUUCAACGUCGGGAAAGAAGUCUUUCACGAAGACUAGAUACUACUCCGAGCUGGAAAUGGAGAAAAAGAUCGAGUUCGACGAGUUGCUCAACGACGAAUCCUUAUAUUCUUGUAAUCGCGAAUUCAUUUUCCAAGUUUUGCUGAAACCGAUCGAUUGA